CACAGUCAACAAUGAAAAACACUACGGUGUUCCUUGCUCGAAGAAUACUAACAAAUGUCAACAACCCAGCUUCAAGACUGCGAUACUACUGCUCGCCACCCUCAUCCUCCUCUCCUCCCUGUAACAAUAAGCUCUUUGUUGGAGGCUUGUCAUGGUCGGUGGACGAGAGGUCUCUGAAAGACGCUUUCUCUUCCUUUGGGGAGGUCACUGAAGUGAAUAUAUUGUACGACAAAGACAGCGGUAGGUCUAGAGGCUUUGGAUUUGUUAAUUUUUCAAAAGAAGAUGAUGCCAGAAGUGCAAAAGAUGCCAUGGAUGGAAAGGCAUUGUUAGGUCGACCACUGAGGAUUAGCUUUGCUCUUGAAAAGGUUCGUGGUGGACCUGUGGUAGUCCCUCGCCUUUCAAAUAUUGGAGAUGUCACCAGUCGCAAUACUUGAACUUCCUGGUGAAAGGUAUGCAAGGGAACUAAUCUUAACCAGGACUUGAAGUUCGUCAAAAUCCAACUAUCACUGGCCCUGGGUUCAUUCACACACAUGAUACAUACAUAAACGGGAUGAUGUACUUUCAGCCUUCAAGGCUCUAAGCCCUUGAGAUUUCAAGAUGUACGUCGAACUCUCUCCUUGUUUCAUGUUCUUUCCAUCUUGGAGACCUAUUUAUUGUUUUCUAGUGGAGAUGAAAUUUUGGCUUUCCUGCUGAGAAGAGGUGUUAUAGAGACGUGACAUUUAAAGGCAAGGCAGCGAUAUUGAGGGCAACACUAUUUUAGUGGUUUUAAAUGUAUUUUUGAAUCGUUUGGAAAAUAAUUUAUACCAUAUAAUGAUUUUAUAACGAUUUUAAAAGCGUUGUUAAAAGGAAAAAUAUAUAGGUAUUGGGCAAA